CAGUAUCUGUCUGGGGUGUUCAUAUUUUGCAUUGUUUUCCACACCAGUACUGCGAUGAUAUUCGUUAGAAGUUUAGUGGCUCUUCUCGUUUUAGUUUUCGUCGCGGAGAACGCUAAGGGUGACGAUUUCCCUUCGUCAAUCGAACGGUGUAAAUUCGAAGACAAUGAAUGCCUCAAAAAAUCAUGGAAUAAAUACAUAAAACUUUCUGGUAAUCCAAAUGGUUUACCAGAAUUAAAGGUUCCGGAUACACACAACUACAAGAUACCCAUGGUGACCAUUACACCCGGAGAAGGACCGCUGGAUGUUAAGCUCAUAAUGAGAGAUAUUGAUUUGACCGGAUUCGAUCAUGCUGUUGUUGAUAGGAUUGAUGAAUUUCCAAAAGAUCCGAAACAGAUGUCCCAAUUUACCAUCUCCAUACAUAUUUCCUACAUCCGAAUAGAAGGAAUGUACAACGUAACUGGAAAAGUUUUAUUACUACCGGUUACCGGUGCAGAUGAGGGAGAAGUGAAAUUCGAUAAUGUCAGGUUAAACGUAACCGCUUAUACAUCAACUAAAAUGGUCGACGGGAAGGAAUAUCUAAAAAUUCGUAGAGUAUCUUGUUCUUAUGAUACUGACAGGAUCCACUAUCGCUUUGAAAAUAUAUUGAACAACAAAGAGAUCAGCGACAGUAUCAACAGAAUGCUUAAUGAAAAUCAAGAUCUUAUUAAUAAUGAGGUGAAACCGUCGGUUAUUAGAAUUUUGUCUGGAAUAUUCAAAAGGGUACUAGUCGAUUCAUUUACAAAAUAUCCGUACAGCAGUUAUUUCUUAUAAAAGUAGAAUUUAGUCGACUUUUAUAUUACGAGGAUGGGCGGAAGUUUGAAAACUGACUUAUUUUCCGUUUUGUUUAUCCAAGUAAAACACAAAAACAUAAAUAAGUCAGAUUUGAAACUUCCGACUUCAAACUUGUGUAAAUAAAUGAAAGAAACACU